AUGCUUGAAGGUGAUUCUACAGUCAGAUACUACAGAGUGGCUGUAGUGAGUCUGGGGCUGCUGUGUGUUCUGCUGACGGCCAUCAUUAUAUUAGGGGCCAUCAAAGGAACUGCGGAGAGAAAGCAGCUACAAGAUGAAAAACAGCUACAGCAAUUCAUUAACAACAACCUGACCCAGGAACAAGACCAACUGCAUGCAACAAUCAACAACCUGACCCAAGAGAUCGACAAGUUGGGCAAAAUGAACAACAUCUUGACCAAGGAAAAAGUCAAGGGUACCAUGUUGAUAUUAUUUAAUUCUGAAGUGAAGUGGACAUGGACUGAAGAAGUGUCCUUUUUCUGUGACCACACACUCAACAACUGUACAUUUAACAGUUUCUUGAUUAUUACAGGUGUCAUGGAUACACAUUUUGGUUCCAGCCGAUACUACAUUCCCUGUGAUGAGCGAAAUUGGGCAGACAGCCAACAGCACUGCGUGGAUCUAGGGGGUCAUCUGGUGAUCAUUGACAGUCAGGAGGAACAAGAGUUCAUCAUCUCACAACUAAACAUAAAGAGAGCCUGGAUUGGUCUCAGUGACGUGGAGACUGAGAAAGUCUGGAAAUGGGUAGAUGGCACACCUCUGAGUGAAUCUGGAUUCUGGAUGAAGGGUGAACCAAAUGACCAGGGUGGUGGUGAGGACUGUGUGGAGAUAAUAUACCACGACAACCCUCUAAAAACCUGGAAUGAUGAUGUCUGCAGCGAAGCCAAGCGUUUCAUCUGUGAAAUAUAGCCGAAUCUCACAUUAAAUAUCUCUGUUGAUUUUUUUUGUUGUUCUUUCACAAUGUUUAUAAUUAGUCUUGUAUCCUGAGUUGUCUAUUAUUAUGUAUGCAUGCUUGUGUCUUUUGGUAAAAAGCCUAGCAGUUUAAUGCAGCAGA